GGGAAUCGCAGGAGUGGAAAAGUAAACGGGGAAAAAAAAGGAAAGGUUCAGCUUCUUCCGGGUCACUGUAAUGGUCAUUGAGUAGUACUGCCUGCACUACCCAUAAGAAUUAUUACUCCUUUCCAUUUCAUGCCACUUCAACAGAUUUACUUAUUUAUGCAGCAUCCACAGCCACAGGCACAGCCCACCUUUUGAUUUUGAUUUUCCUCAGAGACUAGCAAAUGAAGAAGGGAAGCUUAAACCCUAAUGUCAAGCUCAAGCUCUCUCUCCCUCCUCCUAAGGAAGUUUCCUUCGCUAAGUUCCUAACCCAAAGCGGUACGUUUAGAGAUGGUGAUCUGCUUGUCAAUCGAGACGGUGUUCGGAUUGUCUCUCAAAUCGAUACCCAGCCUCCACCACCUAUAACGCCCACAGACAACCAAUUGAGUUUAGCGGAUAUAGACAUGGUUAAGGUCAUCGGGAAGGGAAGUAGUGGAAUUGUGCAGUUGGUGCAACACAAAUGGACGAGCCAGUUUUUUGCCUUGAAGGUUAUCCAAAUGAAUAUUGAAGAGUCUGCACGCAAGGCCAUUGCUCAGGAACUGAAAAUUAAUCAGUCAUCACAAUGUCCUUAUGUUGUCAUGUGCUACCAGUCUUUUUACGAUAAUGGUGCCAUUUCAAUUAUCUUAGAGUACAUGGAUGGUGGAUCUCUAGCAGAUUUUCUGAAAAGUGUUAAAACAAUUCCAGAACCAUAUCUUGCUGCCAUCUGUAAGCAGGUGCUCAAGGGUUUGUUGUAUCUUCAUCAUGAAAAACACAUCAUCCACCGGGAUUUAAAACCUUCUAAUUUGUUGAUUAAUCAUAGAGGAGAAGUCAAGAUUACAGACUUUGGAGUGAGUGCAAUCAUACAAAGCACGUCUGGACAGGCUAAUACUUUUGUUGGCACUUACAACUAUAUGUCUCCUGAGAGAAUUAGCGGGGGACGAUAUGACUAUAAAAGUGACAUUUGGAGCUUGGGUUUGGUAUUGCUGGAGUGUGCAACCGGUGAAUUCUCAAUUACCCCUCCUGUGCCGGAUGAAGGCUGGACUAACGUCUAUGAACUUAUGGUAGCCAUUGUUGAUCAACCUCCACCUUUUGCACCACCAGACCAAUUUUCUCCAGAGUUUUGUUCAUUUAUAUCUGCAUGUGUGCAGAAAGAUCCAAAGGAUAGACAGUCAGCACAUGAACUAAUGAAACACCCAUUCAUAAACAUGUAUGAGGACCAGCAUGUGGAUCUCUCGUCAUACUUUACAAAUGCCGGUUCUCUUGCAACCCUUUGAAACUUGUGCAGAUACCCGAUGAUCGCGAUCUUGAAGGCCUGAAUAAAGGUUCUUAAAUGUCAUCGUGGCUUAAAAUAAAUCAACUUGCUGCAAUUACAAUUUCCAGGGCAGAGGUUUUUAAAGCAUUUGCAAUUCACAAAACAUCCCAGGGUCGUAGUAUUUAAUGUAUGCCAUGCACUAAUCAUGGAAUAGAAAACGUAUGGUUUCAAGGAAGCUUCUGGUUUGUGAGAGAUAUCAUUGGAAUAUGGUUUCCUGUAUAACUUACCGAAAUGAUCUGAUUUUUUUUAUUGUUUUAGUUGUAUGUUGAGUGUUGCAAAUGCAUCAAACUCCUAUUUGAAAGGUGUCAAUACAUGGCUGUGUGUGACUUUGAGCUUGCAAACUAUGAGGAGCUCACGAGUCCUUUUACCA